AUGAUCAACUUUCACGUCUGGAGGCAUGUGCCUGGCAAGGCGUUGUUGUUUCUUAUUAACCUUGUCGCUUCAACAGCCUUGAUCUUUGAAGGGUAUAACCAAGGUGUGCUGGGGACUGUGAGCGAGACCCCUGGCUUCAUCGAUAUGGCUGGCAUCGGCUCCAAUGGAGUUGUAACCAACUCAACCAAACAAGGCGGUCUUGCAGCAGCUUACUACUUUGGAGGCAUGUGGGGUUGUUUCACAGGUGGAUGGGUUGGGGACAAGAUUGGCCGCAAGCGCGGUGUCUUGGUCGGCACGCUCUUCGGCAUUCUCGGUGCUGCUCUCAUGGCCGGCAGUAUCAACUCCAACAUGUUCCUCUGCGCUCGAAUUAUCGCUGGUCUGGGGAUUGGCUUUCUUAAUGCCAUCGUACCUCCUUGGGUCAGCGAAUUGUCCGAAGCCCAUGACCGUGGCUCUAGCUUCUCUCUGGUAUUUGUUUCCAACUAUCUAGGCAUCGCCAUCGCAUACUGGCUCAACUUUGGUCUUCGCAACGCCAACACGGAGUUCCGUUGGCGCUUUCCGCUCGCCUGGAUGGCCAUUCCUCUUAUCAUUGUGGACAUUGCUCUCCCAUUCCUGCCUGAGUCUCCUAGAUGGCUCAUUGCAAACGGGAGAAGAGAAGAGGCUGUCGAUAUCCUCUGCAAACUUCGAGGCGACCUGACUCGAGACACACCCAAAAUAGCUACCGAGCUUGCGCAAAUCGACUCAAUUGUCGAAGCCACCCACAACCGUCGUAAUGAGCUCCUCAACAUAGCACUCGGCGGUCGAUAUUCCGGCAACCUCCAUCUUGGAAGGCGAGCAGUCAUGGGCUUUGCGCUUCAGUGGAUCCAGCAAUGGACCGGCAUACUGGCUAUUGCUGCUUGGGCCGGCACCCUGUUCAACCUCGCUGGUUUUGAUACACACAAAUCUAUCUGGUUGGCUGGACUUGCCAACACUUUUGGCAUCCCGGGAACUGUAGCGGCGUCUUUUGUGAUCGAUCGAAUCGGUCGCAUCAAAUCCUUGAUGGUGUCUUUCGUCACUCAAGGUAUCGCACUGACCCUUGUUGCUGCCUUUAUAAAGACCUCCCAAGACAUGGCUGCUACAGAUUCUGAGAAGUCUCAGCAGCUUGGUACUGCCGCGGCAUCAUUUGUCUUCGUCUAUAUCUGGUUCUUCACCAUGUUCAACAUCAUUCCAUGCUGGAUCUAUGGAACCGAAAUCUGGCCCCAGGAGAUUCGCGCCAAAGGCUACAGCUUCACAAUCUUCGGUUGGGCAUGUGGUUGUGGCAUGACUCAAUUCGUCAUUCCCAUCAUGCUUCAGAGGCUCGGCUGGGCUACCUACAUUUUUUUCGGGGCCAUGAAUGUCGUUGCUAUGCCUCUUGUCUGGUUCUUCUUCCCCGAAGUAUCUAAAAAGUCCCUCGAGGAGAUUAACCUCUUGUUCACAAGCAACAGUCUCCUCGUAUCUAAGAACAUGGAGGAAUAUGAGAGGCGCUUAGCUGAAGCUGGUGGAGACGUCGCAGUAGCCUCGAGACAGUUGCUUGAUGAGGUCGAUGGAUAUGUUCAGCAGGUUCGUGGCACUGAGAAGGAUUUGGAGAACUGCGGAAAUGGCACGAUUGAGCAGCAAGAUGUUGUCGAAGGUUAG